AUUCGGGUCUGCAUCGCUGCAGGAACAUGUUUGCUCGCUGCCUGACUCUGGCACUAAUUCAGGGAAGUUUGUUUACAGGUCCUGGGCGAGGGGAAGUUGGCACCAGAGAGUGUGUGUAUUAUAAUGAUAACUGGCGAGCCGAGAGGACGAAUCAGAGCGGCUAUGAGAGAUGUGAGGGAGAGAAGGACAAGCGGCAGCACUGCUACGCUUCCUGGAUUAACUCCUCCGGAACUAUCCAUCUGGUCAAAAAGGGCUGCUGGCUUGAUGACUUUAACUGCUAUGACAGACAGGAGUGUGUGGCCACAGAGGAAAAUCCUCAGGUCUUUUUCUGCUGCUGUGAGGGAAAUUACUGCAAUGAGAGAUUCACACACCUGCCUGAAACCAUCGCACCUGCUGUGAAGAUCCAACCUCCUCCCAUGGGUCUGUCUGUGCUUGGAGUAUUGGCAUACUCCAUCCUUCCUCUAGUUGUGCUCUCUCUGGCCCUGGUUCUAGCCUGCUGGACCUACCACCAGCGUAAAGCACCGUACGGCCAUGUUGACAUCAGCCAGGAUGUUGGUCCUGCUCCUCCAUCUCCUCUGGUGGGUCUAAAGCCACUGCAGCUGCUGGAGUUGAAAGCCAGGGGGCGCUUUGGGUGUGUGUGGAAGGCGCAGUUACUAAAUGAAUAUGUGGCAGUCAAAAUCUUCCCUGUUCAGGAUAAGCAGUCAUGGCAGAAUGAAAGAGACAUUUACCUCACCGAAGGACUCAAACAUGAGAACCUGUUACACUACAUCACUGCAGAAAAGCGAGGAACCAACCUGCAGCUGGAGCUCUGGCUUAUUACAGAGUUCCAUGAGAGGGGGUCUUUAACCGAUUACCUGAAAGGGAAUGUGGUGAGCUGGGCUGAGUUGUGCCACAUUGCUGAGAGCAUGGCUCGAGGUCUGGCCUUUCUACAUGAGGAUCUGACUUACAGACUGGAGAAGCCUAAACCUGCAAUUGCACACAGGGACUUUAAGAGUAAGAAUGUGCUACUCAGGAAUGAUUUAACUGCUGUGAUUGGAGAUUUUGGCCUGGCAGUGUGCUUUGAACCAGGGAAGCCACCAGGGGAUACUCAUGGUCAGGUUGGCACCAGACGCUACAUGGCCCCAGAGGUGUUGGAGGGUGCUAUUAACUUCCACAGAGAUGCAUUUUUAAGGAUAGAUAUGUAUGCUUUCGGCCUGGUGAUCUGGGAACUGUUGUCUCGCUGCUCUGCUGCUGAUGGGCCAGUGGAUGAGUACCAACUUCCCUUUGAGGAGGAGGUUGGCCAGCAUCCAUCUCUGGAAGACCUACAAGAUGUAGUGGUCCACAAGAAGAUGAGGCCCAUCUUCAAGGACUGCUGGUUUAAACAUACGGGUUUGGCCCAAAUGUGCGAAACUGUGGAAGAGUGCUGGGACCACGACGCCGAGGCCCGUCUGUCUGCAGGCUGUGUGGAGGAACGCAUCACCACCACCACCACCACCAGGGCAACAAAUACUGUCACUAUUACCAACAGUUCUACCUCAGAGUGCCUGGUCUCCAUGAUCCUCUCAGACAGUGACUCUGAUCUACCACCUAAAGAGUCCAGCACCUGAGAUCUCAGCCUGUGAAACAUGAGCCAGAGACAGAAGUACCAUGGUUCUGUGUAUGUUCCUUCAGAUUUUAACAAUAAUGGGGAUCUGGCUGCUUUUUUUAGUCUACAUAUACUGUAUGUGGAGUUCUUUUUGUGU